AUCGCACCCCCCCCCCGAAAGAAAAAUCUCCUCCGACCCAUAUACAAGCUCCCUUACUUUAUCAUACAACUCUUCUUUUCCUAAUGUUAGAAAAAACUUAUUUAACUUAAGCCCCACCUACUGUGCCCGUUUCUGAUUUAAUUGUCGCUAUAUAUCCCUGCGAAUUUUGUGAUCGUAUCGCAACUAUCUUUUACUUCGGUACAUCAUCGAUCUAGUAUUCUCCUUCUCAAGUUUUCCCGAGACAUCAGCAGGUUCUCCUCGCAGUGACCGACCAUGGCCUCCACGCGCCGCGUGAAGAACGUGGCCUACGACGACUACGAGGACGGCGAUGGCUAUGGAUGUGUCAGGAUCGAAAUCGACAAAGUUGAAAGGCUUUGUCAUGCAUAAAAUGGAUCCCAGUUCGAACCCAGUCUCUAAGUGGCGCAUGGCAAAGUCUGGCGGUGCCUAAAUCCAGUUUGUAAUGCUGUUGGGGCAAAGAAGGCUGAUUCUCUCAUGCUGCUGUAGCAGCUCGAGAUACAGCCCCAAAGAGGCUUACAAUCGGCAUCGCUUACCUGCUCUGCAACACACGCAUUCCGCGUCAUGCAUUUUAUGCAUCACAAAUUUUUCAACCUUGUCGAUUUCAACUCUGACACUUCCAUAAUGGCUGGGACGAGGAGGAGGACUGGGGCAACGAGGAUUGGGGCGAGCAGGGCGCUUGGACCGGCGGCGGCGGGGAGCAACAGUGGACCGACGCGGAAUGGAAGGCGUGGGAGAACGCGCAAGGCGGUGGUGGUAGUACAAAAAAUGCGCCUGCUCCGGGUGCGAGUAAAACCAAAACCGCCGCGGCCGCAAAAAGCAAAGCAUCCUCUGCUUCCAGUACCGCACCGAAGGCGAAAGCUGCGCAAAUAACGACAGCCUCCUCAACAGGGCAAGCCGGGAAUAAGAAGCACCCCGGCGCCGACAAAAGCGCGGGAACUUCUACGAGCGGGAAAAAUACUAAACCUAGUUCUGCAGGUGCACCACCAGCCGCUAGCAGCGACAAAGCUCCAAAACCCGCGGGGACGUCAACGCCGGUGAAACUGCCCGUAGCACGACCAGCGGAUGAUUUGUCUUCCGGUUGUACCAGCAAGGAUGCGAAAGGUGUUUCCUCUUCCCCGAGAAGUAACCAAAAAACUACCCCAAGCACUUCUGCAAACAUCACUUCCACGGCCAACAAUAAUUUGCUUCCCGCCGAGGAGAACUUCUUCAAUUUGCCCGAGGCAACGAGCGACGAGGGUAUAAUAAGACACGACGCAGAUGAUUCUUUUUCCCCGGCCAACCAGAAUUCUACGAAGAUGGUGACACCUUCCAUGACCAAAGACCCGCUGAGUGUCGUCGUGGUGGGGCACGUGGAUGCGGGGAAAUCGACGCUAAUGGGGCAUCUACUGGUCCAGGUCGGCGCGGUGACCGCGUCCCAGAUGCACAAGCUGGAGCGCGACGCGAAGGCGACGGGAAAAGAGAGCUUCAAGUACGCCUGGGUGCUAGACGAGGGCGAGGAGGAGCGGGCCCGCGGGGUCACGGUGGAGAUGUGCGCGAAGCACUUCGAAACGGACCAUUUUCACGUGACGAUUCUCGACGCGCCAGGGCACAAAGAGUUCGUCCCGACCAUGCUGCAGUCCGCCGCGCUCGCGGAUGUGGGCGUGCUCGUGGUAAGAUAAAUAUUGUAUGGCAAUAAACGCACGUAUUGCCUCUGCAUAUGAUGAAGGCUUGGAAAAAUCAAAAUGCCACGGAGCAUGACAAAUUGCGCCGAGGAUUCUCGAUGCAUGGUCUGCAGGGGAAGUGUGCCCUCCCAUCUUGGAAACAAAAGCGCGCAGCCACUUUUACUGGCUGCGUACUACAAAUUUUUGCCUCUACUUCUAGUAGAAUUUGAAGAUGAAGCGAACCAACACUACUUUCAACUCCAGGUCGACAUCCGCGAUUUCGACGCAGGGUUUCACCGCGGCGGGCAGACGAAGGAGCACGCGCAGCUGCUGCGCGUGUGUGGUGUGCAGGCCGUGAUCGUCGUCUUCAACAAAAUGGACCUGGUGAAGUGGAGCAGAACAAGUUACGACAGUAAGAAAACGCAAGUCACGGAGUAUUUGAAAACCCUCGGCUUCAAGGACCACGCAAUACACUGCGUACCACUAUCGGGGUUCCAAGGGAAGAAUAUCCUAACCACGCCCAGCGAGCUGAAAAACGCAGCGGAGUGGAUGAGCGUAUCUUGUUCAUCCGCAGGAGAUGAGCAGACCGACGCUCUUGACAGAAAUACAGCUGCAAAAAAUAAGGAAAAAACGUUCUCGCCCGCACCUCGCAGCCCGAAGAAGGGCGAGAACGCAGGCGCAUUAUUGAAAGCGGAAAAUAAAAAUAUGGCAACAACUGGUGCAACAGCAGAACUAAAUGCAGGAGGUACAACAACCGUCGCAAUGCCCACGUUGGUGCAAAUGAUCGAUGCGUGCGGUGUGGCGCUGAAAGCACAAGGGAUGAACUCGGCAACCUCAUCUUCGAAUAAGCAAGACCACAAAACCAGUAACAAAUCCACCUCAACAUCGACACCCCUCCGCUUCUCCGUCACCGACGCUUUCCCCUCGGGAGGAAAUACCAUCGUGAGUGGAAAAAUCGCGAAAGGCACGCUGAAGGCGGGCGACACGGUCUUGGUCCUUCCCGCCGCGGAACCGGCGAAAGUGAAAUCUAUCGUCGCGUGCGGAACCAUGAACACACAGCUCGCCCCCGAGGGAUUCUACAUUGACACUUUAACUCUGCAGAUCGACUCGAUUUACCUGCGCGCGGGGUCGGUUUUGGUAGAGAAUUCGCAUAAAUUUGCAUCUCCAAAGAACGAGGACCAAGAGAAGAUGAAGCCGGGAACUAUUACCGCGGGCCGCGUGGUAGAAGAUCGCGAAGCGGACGCGAGACUGCAUGAACAUUUAAGGGAACGCGAAGAGGAAAAAGCAACAAGCUCCUCUACCCCUUCCGCCUCGCAGCUCCGCGCGGCUUCGAGUAUCAAAGCGACCCUCAGUAUUUUCGACUCCGACGUGAUUAUUGUGAAGGGCCAGCAGUUUUCCUGCUACCUCGGCACGCAGUUUGCCAACUGCAGUUUGCAGAAGAUCCUGAGCGUCCGAAACCACGCGGAAAAGAAACCCAAGUGCCUCUCCGAGGGGAUGGUGGCGGAGGUCCUGUUGAAAACGGACCGCGAGCUCCUCUUCGAGCCGGGGAUCUCGCUGUUCGAGCGGGUUGUCUUGCGGGCGCAGGGCGUUUCGGUCGCGGCGGGGAGAGUCAGUGGGGGAAGAUGAAGCAGCAGCUACGAUUUGUUUUCACUUCACGCCGCCUCAGCGAAUCGAUCCUUAAUAAACCUACCCACCUUUUCAAAAGAAAACUACAGAAGGUUCUUCAUAUCUCGUCG